AUGGAGUGUCGCAUCGUCGACGAUGGUCGCAUACAGCUGCUCGACUGCAUUGGUGCAGGCACCUUCGGCGCAGUCUACCGAGCGCGCGACCUCGCCGAGCCAUCGGCUUCGCUGCUGGCAGUAAAGAUUAUCCCGCGACGGGGCCCGCUCUACCAGGUGUGCAGCCGCGAGCUGCAGUACCACCAGGAUGUACAUGAGCACCCACAUGUGGUGACGCUGAGGCACUCGUUCGUAGACGACGAUUUCCUCUACCUCGUCGAAGAGUACUGCCCGGGCGGCGACAUGUGGAAGGCGAUCAAGAUGAACCGGCUCUUCUGGCGCAGGGACGAGCUCGUGACAAGGGUAUUCUUGCAGGUCAUCGAUGCCGUCUCCUGGUGCCACCAAAGGGGUGUUUAUCAUCGUGACCUCAAGCCCGGAAACAUCCUUAUCAGCCCUGACGGUCAGGACAUCUGGUUGACGGACUUCGGGCUUGCGAGUCGGAAGGAAAGCUCGUGCACAUUCCACAUCGGUACACCCCAGUAUCGCAGCCCAGAGUGUAACGAUAUUUGUGGCGAACACCAGCCAUACAACCUCGAGCGAAACGAUAUCUGGGCGGUGGGAGUCAUCCUUGUCAAUAUGCUCACCGGCACGACGCCCUGGAAGGGUGCAACUGGAGCGAAUGACUACUACCAGUCAUACCUUCACUCGAAAGAGUUCCUGCGCUCUACCCUUCCAAUCUCCAAGGAAGCAGCGUACAUUUGCCAGCGCAUCUUCACAGAGAACGAGGAGGAUUCUAUCGGCCUCGCUGAGCUUCGAGACUUGGUCUGUGAGGUCAAAGAGUGGUGGAUGGAUGAAGAGGAAAUAGCCCAGAGCAGCGAGCACCUGCAAAACGUUGCGAGUGAUAUUCGCCGCCCCGACGAGUUGCUCUUCAUGAGUUGCGACGAUAGCGACUUUUCUUCCUCUUCGGAGGACGAGUUUAACUCGCUGGAAGACGAUUCCGAUGACUCUGACGAACACUCGAACGGCAUGCGCUCAACGUCGUUGCUUGCUGUCGAGGAGGGUCGUGUGCAUAUCUGGACAGAAGUGGAAAAGCUCGCGAACGUACCUCUCAAUGGUACCCCUUCCUCUUCGUCCUCUUCGCUCCCCACGCCGGACGCGCCUCGCAUCGAGCCUGUUGCACAGGCGGCGGGGACAAAGCCUUCCGCGCGUCCUGGCUCCAGCAGCAAUUCCUCUUCGUCUUACUACACAACUUCAGGGUCUUCUUCGGUGGCAUCGAGCUGGCCAGUAGCGCAGGGCGGGUUCGGCGUGAAGAAGACCUUGACCAGGUCAAGCGGGUUCGGUGUUCGUCGCCAUAUCAAAAGACUCUUCAGUGUUGCUGCUUAG